AUGUUGAUAAAAAGCAUUUUGCUGUUAUGCAUUUGUACGAGCGUAUAUUCGCGGGUGUAUAAAUCACUGAGUUUUGAUUGGCGCGACCGGGGUGUUGUCCUACCCGUACCCGAACCUCAAGUAUGCAUUGAUUCGGCAGUAAUUAAUGUGCUAGAUUCAAUAUCAGCUAAACUGGCCCUCAACACCGGUUCUCUCAUAAGUCUUAGCAGACAAGAGGUCUACGAUUGCCAAAAGGAUUGGUGUCCCUGCAGUAAAACUAACCCGGUUAACUCGUAUGCGGUGAUUUCAUGGUUGGCCAAUGCGCACGUCAGCAUUGACUCGGAGACCACAUACCGUACUACUGGUCAGUGCACUCAUAAGUGCAACACAAACGCAACAGUUGUGGCCCGACUCGGAGGGUAUAUGACCACAGGUCACGGCGAUCAGGAGGAUGUGUUGAGUACAUUUAUCAUGAAUUCACCCCUCGUGGUCGAUGUGAACGCCAACACCACCGCAUGGCAGACAUAUAGAGGGGGUAUUCUCGAUGACCCCCACUGUUCUAAUACAAUGGAUGCUAUGGAUCACUCACUACUAUUGGUCGGCUAUGGGUCUGAAAAUGGCACCGAUUAUUGGAUCGCCCGAAACAGCUGGGGUAAAAAUUGGGGCGAAAAUGGUUACGUUAGAGUCAUUCAGAAUAAGAAUAUGUGUGGUAUUGGCAAUCGUAUCGCACAGCCAGUCAUUGUUGGAUAAUUCAUUUUUAUGUUGUAUAAUUAAA